AUGUGUACAUCUCAACCUGUGACUGUGUGUCCACCAGGGUCUCCGUAUGUGAGCGUGACAUCUUGGUGUCACAUCUGGGUGUGUGCUGGGCCCCCUCCUCCUUCCCUCUCCCAGGGUGCCACCGUGUCCCUCUUGGAGACAGUGCAGAAAUGGCGAGAGUACCGCCGCCAGUGCCAGCACUUCCUGACUGAGGCUCCGCCCCCGGCCACAGGCCUGUUCUGCAACCGGACCUUUGACGACUAUGCCUGCUGGCCGGAUGGACAGCCGGGCUCCUUCGUGAACGUCAGCUGCCCCUGGUACCUGCCCUGGGCCAGCAGUGUGCUGCAGGGCCACGUGUACCGGUUCUGCACGGCCGAGGGCCUCUGGCUGCACAAGGACAACUCCAGCCUGCCCUGGAGAAACCUGUCGGAGUGCGAGGAGUCCAAGCGAGGGGAGAGAAGCUCCCCCGAGGAGCAGCUCCUGUCCCUUUACAUCAUCUACACGGUGGGUUACGCACUGUCCUUCUCGGCUCUGGUUGUCGCCUCGGCCAUCCUCCUCGGCUUCAGACACCUGCACUGCACCCGGAAUUACAUCCACCUGAACCUGUUUGCGUCCUUCAUCCUGAGAGCACUGUCCGUCUUCAUCAAGGACGCGGCGCUCAAGUGGAUGUACAGCACGGCUGCGCAGCAGCACCAGUGGGACGGCCUCCUCUCCUACCAGGACUCGCUGGGCUGCCGCCUGGUGUUCCUGCUCAUGCAGUACUGCGUGGCGGCCAACUACUACUGGCUGCUGGUGGAGGGCGUGUACCUGUACACGCUGCUGGCCUUCUCUGUCUUCUCGGAGCAGCGCAUCUUCAGGCUCUACCUGAGCAUAGGCUGGGGUGUUCCCCUGCUGUUUGUUACCCCCUGGGGCAUUGUCAAGUACCUCUAUGAGGACGAGGGCUGCUGGACAAGGAACUCAAACAUGAAUUACUGGCUUAUUAUCCGCCUGCCAAUCCUCUUUGCCAUCGGGGUGAACUUCCUCAUCUUCGUCCGGGUCAUCUGCAUUGUAGUGUCCAAGCUGAAGGCCAAUCUCAUGUGCAAGACGGACAUCAAGUGCAGGCUUGCCAAGUCCACGCUGACCCUCAUCCCUCUCCUGGGGACCCAUGAGGUCAUCUUUGCCUUCGUGAUGGACGAGCAUGCUCGGGGCACCCUGCGCUUCAUCAAGCUGUUCACGGAGCUCUCCUUCACCUCCUUUCAGGGGCUGAUGGUGGCUAUCUUAUACUGCUUCGUCAACAACGAGGUCCAGAUGGAGUUUCGGCAGAGCUGGGAGCGCUGGCGGCAUUUCCUCAUCCAGAGGGACAGCAGCAUGAAGCCCCUUCAGUGUCCCAGCGGCAGCCUGAGCAGCGGGGGCACGGUGGCAGCAGUGUGUACGCAGCCACCUGCCAGACGUCCUGCAGCUGAGAUUCCAGCACUGGCCCUCUCUGUGGUCCUUGCUGCUUACGGGGCAGCCAUUCCAGACAGGCAAAUGGGCACUGCCUCCUGGGACCGUGGACACAUUUCUCCGAGGAGAAGCAGCCUGCUAAUUUGAUCACUGUGGCUAGAGGAGAGGAAAAACGAUUGCUGCGAAAAUGAGGAGGAUUUCUUCCCGUUAAGUCACAAGGCCCUUGGGUUCCCCCAGACAGAGCAGCAAAUCAACCCCACACUCAAGACUCAAGGUCAACGGCUUAUUAGUGGGAUCGGGGCUUGCAAGGGAGGUGGCUCUGGAAGUGGCCGAUACAACCUCAGUCAAACCCAGCGCUUGGGUGAGGGGGGGCCAGUCCUGCUUACGUCUGGUUGGGGUCACCACCCUCACCUUCCUGCUUGUUAAGGGAGACUUUGUUGCAGGCUUCCCUGCCCCUCACCUCACAUCCCAGGUUCUCCCUGGGCACUGGGGAAAGAGGGGCUUUUUGGGGCCACCACCAGCAGCUUUCACUGGAAGUCGCUGUGGGUACUGUUAAAGUAGGCACUGAGAAGAGGCCUGAAGACCUCCUCCCUGGUGCCUACUUUCUCCUGGGCAUUUGAGCUGCUCUGGUGCCUGUUUCCACCAGGCCUGGGGAACCGGGACAGGUCUCCUGCCAAGGAGCCCAGCUCUGGGGGAGGCACAGCGCUCAGGUAUGAGUCCCCACUUCCAUUCUGAAAAUGCUCACGAGUCCCCUGGGGUUCGUCAAAGGGCACUUUAGGAAAAUCCACGUUGUGGGUGUAGAUGACCUGCCCCUGGCAGGAACCUAAAGGCCAGAGCUCCUUGCCUCCACCUCUCCAUGGAAAUACCUCCUAAAUGUGAUCAGAUUCUGUGUCUUGAGUGGGAGUUGGGUACACUCGCUAACUUUAGUGGAUGUGACCAAAAAGAGACUCUCCCAGGAAACCGACAGUCCCAGAGUUACCAUGAAAGUCAGUUCUCUUUGCUUUUGCAACCCCCCACUUGGGAGCCUGUAUGUACUUAUUCAUUUUUUUCCACUACUGUGAAUGGUCUGUGUGUUCUAAUGUGCAAUUCUGAUUCCUCCCACCUGAUGGAAACAAGAACUAAAUCACUGUUGUGAUACUGUGUGGGGGAGUGGGGUCGUAAUUGGUUUGACUCACCUACACUUUGAGCUAAUUUCUGUUUACACGGCCUUCAGCCUCAUCCCAUAAAUAACGAGCCACAGAAAAGCUGGCUGGGGAAAGCCUAUCAAUCCUGCCCCCAGCUAUGAGAAGAAAGCAGAUGCACCGCAGAGACCCCAACACUUGCAUGCAUGCAGAGAAGUUUCCAGAGCAGGAGAGAACUCCUGGGAAUCUGGACCUCCUGGGAGGGCAGAGGGAGAGCCUUCUGAUGGGUUCUUUCACAAGUUGAACUCCCCCUCCUCUUCCUUUUUAAAUGGUAGGAGACCCUCCCCAAAGCCUUACAUCAGAAGCAUUCUCCCCUGCCCCUCAGAGAGGCAUGCGAUGUGCAGAGAAGAUAAUGGGACAUAAAACACACCAGGCAGAACGUUUCUUAUCCUUGAGCUUCAGUGAAGUGUGCGUUAAUAGGGAAGCUGAACCUGGGGCUAAAGGAAGGGAUCUGCAGAUUGCCUCCUUGACUGCCACCAUGUGCGGGAGGGAGGGGCAGCCGUGCUUCCCGGAACAGAGACCAGCUCUCCAGUAGGCAUCACUUUCUGCUUUCUUGGUUUUUGUUUUGUUUUGUUUUUGUUUUUGUUUUGCAGGGAGAGGACAGAUGAUAACUGGUGGUUGAUAUGGGCUCUGGUGCAGGUGUCUGGAUUUUGUUUAAAUUGGAAGAUUUUAAAAAUCAUUUUAAAAAAUUACCCAGCAACCAAAAUAGAGGCCGGUUGAUAUGAUCUUUGAAAUAAAGUAUCAAGUGGAGGGACUGUGGGGAAGAAGGGCUUAUGUAGGCACCCGGGAAGCUUGAUUUGGUGUUUAAGCUGUGAGUAGAGUUCUCGUCCCAAGGGGACCAGGAGAUUCCCGAUUUCAGAAGGCUCAUCACCAACCCCCUGCACCUCAAGCCUUUUAGCACUGAGCAAGUUUUCCCCUUGCAGAUACAUACCACACGCUGAACUGAAUAAAUCGUUUCUUUGCUCCAAGACCCCGUACUAUUAAUAUUCCUUUGAAUGCCACUGCACUCCCUCCAAGCUAUUUCCAAACUUGCCUUGGCUAAAUAUAACCCUACCAGGUCUGGGAACUAUCGAAUGCAGUGUACUCUGAAAUUCCUCUAGCUGUUUACAUGCCUGAUGCCACAGUCUGGCGCGGGCUGAGAACUUUCUCGGCUGCCUUUGUCCUGAAGGUACUACUGCGGACCCGCUGGGGGUACGCGCUGGUUUCGCAGCGGCUGCGCAGCCAGCGAGGUCUGACAGCCUGUGAAUAGCGGCUGAGUUCAGCACCCCGGCCAGCUCCCUCUGACUGGUAGGGGCUUAGAUGGUUGGCAUUCGGGUCUUAGAGCAUCUACUCCACAGAACGACAGCCAACCAUUUACACUGCAAGGUUACUUUCCCUUUAAAACGACUUUCUAGAUUUAGGAUUAGCUUCAGUGCACCUCCCGCUGCAGACCGCGCUGAUGGAGUUCUGCAGACGCAGAACAAGGAAAGACCUUGGCGGUCCCUUCUGCGCUACAGAAGCGAGGAGUGAGGCUUGCAAAGGUGACUUGUCUAGGAUCACGGCAGUAGAUAGUGACUGAGCUGGGCCAGGACCGGGCCAACCCCUGCCUUCCGGUCCAGAGAGGCCUCCCAGAAGGACAGAUAAAAAGUACAAAUGGGUAUCCAAGAUAAUCUUGACUCAAAGUCUGUAUUGUUAGCCAGAAUUUCUACUGAUGAGAAAACAGCAGCAAAGGUAGACACACCAGAUGGGGAAAGUGUCAUUCCUCGGUAAUCUAUACGCGUGAGAGGAGAGGAGGGUAUGCUUUAUUAUUUCUCCUCUAGCACCUCAUGUAUUCCUGUCUUAAAAUUAAGAAGCAAAAUGUAUCAGAGCACACGUGUGCAUGGAAGCAGCAUGUGAGCCACUCGGGAUAGCAAAUCCAGCAUUCUUUUAAUGGGUUGGCGUCCGUGUUUCCUAAUGCCUCGGUGUUUGGUACUGUUUUUCAAAAGUGACACUGAGAACCACAAAGAACCUAAAAGAGGAUCUUGAACCUCCCCCUUUGCCUUCCUAGUACUCCCUGAAUUUGGAGAAGACUAGCAAACUGGACAACUGUAGCCUAGUGACAAUGACACAGUCACCACACAGGGCAAAUUAAGUUGAUUCACAUGGACGGCCUGAAAUCUCCAUCGCCCGCAUCAGUGUCACCACGUUUCAGCCUCCCCCCAGCUCCCUCCUUUGUCUCUUUCUUCCACAAGAACAGUGUGUGUGUGUGUGUGUGUGUGUGCAUGUGCACGGCAGCAUAAAGUUAGGAGAUGAUGAAUCCAGCGCCAUCACACCCACUGUGAAGGUCACGGGACUGCACAGCCACGGGCGAGGCUGGCUGGGAGUCUAAGUGGUAGAUGCGUCCCCUCCAUGCGCAGACAGGGCUCCCAUUACUGCUAAUGCCUGCGACGUGCUCAGGGAAGGCGAACUAUAUUCCGAAGGUUUAUUUUCCUUCCACUGAAUUGAUUCUAAUCUACAGUGCUGACCCUGCUUUUGGCUCCAAGGAGGCAAACUAUAAAAAAAUCCUCAAAUAAAAUAUGUAGGCUUUGAAUGGCAUGCAAAACCUGCAGCAGGAACCAAAUUAGUAUGAACUAUUUUUGUUGUUGUCGUUGUUCUCCUUUUUGUGGCUAGAUUGCAUUCCCUUGGGAAAGAAAAUGGCCGCCAAUGUGAGAAACUUCUACAGACAACAUAGCCAUGCCCCAGUGCUGUUUCCUGCUGGCCAGACCAGCUCUCUGGCCCUGCGAGGCCCAUAUCGGGCAGCGUUGUUAAGCAGCAUAGUUCCAACCCUUUACCUAAUGCCACAGUGUGUCUACAGUAGCUAUAAUUCCUUCUGCCGUGUCGGUGGAUAUGGGUAGGCAGGAGGGAGGUGAGCAUUAUGAUUUUCCAGUCACUCCCCAAGUUUCUUGGACUUCGCCGGUAUCUGAAUCUCUCAGAGGGGAGAGUUUUCGCUGCUCCCUGCUGGUUUUCGUAGCCACUGUUUUCCAGGCCCUUACCCAGCAGUGGCUGUCUCUUUUCCCUGAGGCGUCCAGACUCCCUCCCCACCCUGUUCCGCAUGCCCCCUGCUAUCUCAGUAAGAGAUAACCCUGGGAGCCGUACUGCGAACGCCACGUUCUCAGCUGUGACCCAUUUGGGAUGAAGCUGAGCGUGAGGUGCUGCCAGGACUGAAAACUGUGCCCCGUUCCACACUGAGGCGCAAGGAGGAGGGUGGCAGCCAGCAGCCUGCAUCCUCCCUUACACUGGGGUGAUGCCACCUUUCUGGUGGGGCCUGCCAGACUAUCAGUAACAACGCAACCCAGCCAAUCUAGCGUGACUAAUGAUCUCUGUAGCAAAGCAGUCCAGGAGAAGAACAACAUGAGAAUGUUUGGAUGUAGUAAGGAGAGAGCUUCCACCAGUUUGGACCUUAGAACAAAUUCAGUUCUCUGCUGCUUUGCAGGAGAGCCAGAGGGGCCCGUGAGGAAAGGGCUUCAUUUGCUCCAGGCAGACAGGCCUGGGUCCUACUAAACACUUAACUUCCAAACCUGUGGUUUUUCUAAGCUCCUCCUUCUAAAAAAAGAAUCCUCACAUCCUCAAAGCAGAUAAACCUCCACAUCCCAAGGGUUGGGGCGGCAUUUGAUGCAGAUUUUUAAAUGCAACAAGACAGAGGUGAGCUAAACUCUCAAGAGGGACCGAGGUACAUUUCUAUCUUCAGUGCUCUUGGGGGAUGUUUGCUUUUCAUGAAUGUUUAAACGAGAUCAUUUUCAUGCAAUUCCUUAAUAUAUAAAUUCAUGUAAAAUAUGACCUGUGUCUAUAGGUAGCGAAUGUGCACGGUGUAUAAUCCCUCGUGUAGAUGUGAAUGGAUGCAGCUCGUUCCUCAUUUGCCUUGUAAGUCAAAUAAAAGCCUGUCACUAC